AAGCCCGGCUUCCACGUGGCGCCGCCCCAGGGCUGGAUGAACGACCCAAACGGGCCGCUGGAGUUCCCGGCGGGCCAGCUGUACCACCUCUUCUACCAGUACAACCCAUCCUCGCCCAAAUGGGCGGCGCCCAGCUGGGGCCACGUCGCAUCUGCCGACCUGGUGCACUGGAUGCAGCUGCCCAGCGUGGCCCUGCAGCCCGCCGCCUACUACGACAGCGACGGCGUGUUCAGCGGAUCGGCCACGCUGCUCACAAACGGCACCCCCGCCAUCAUGUACACAGGCGUGUCCCGCUUUGAGGAUCUGGGAUACUAUUAUCAGGUGCAGGCGCUGGCCACCCCCACCAACACCUCCGACCCUCUCCUGCAGCACUGGCUCAAGCGGUCGGACCCGGUCAUGCCGCUGGCGCCGCCAGGU